AAGGACAACGUGAAGAGGAACUACUGGUACCGCGCGGCGGCUGAUCGUGGCGACAGUGAAGCCGUGUACUCGAUCGGAACGUGGUACUACUCUGGCGACGGCGUGAAGCGAAACCGCUCGACGGCGUGCGAGUGGUUCAAAAACGCGUCAGAGUUGGGGCACGGUCUAGCGACAGGCGAGCUCGCACGUUGCUACGUGAACGGCCACGGCGUGAGGCGAAAUGAGAAGAAGGCGAUCGAGCUACACACCAAGGCGGCGGGGCAGGUCCGCGGAUUAUCUCGGGGGCCUCUACGACUGCGACUGCGGCUACUGCGACGACUGCGCGACGGCGUGGCGGUGAACAAAACGGAGGCGCUGAAGUGGUACCGACUCGCG